GCAAGUAUAUAUUAAUACAAAGCUUGAUAUCAUCAAUUAUAAAGCUUAAGCUUUGUAUUAAAUAUAUAUUAAGUGUAUAUAUAUAUAUAUAUAUAUAUAUAGGAAAAUGUUAAAGGCACAACACAAACCCAACUCAGGACCAACUUCUCUCCUAUGUGGCAUUUUUUUUAAAAAAAAUAAAAGUUUGAAUUUUAAACCAUACACAUCGUCUAUCUCUCACCUUUCAGAUCCAAAAAUCCUCUCUCUGUCUCUCGCUCCCCCUCCCGCGCUCAUCUUCUUUCUCCUCCGGUGAGUUCUUCGGCCACCGGCGAAGCUGUCCGUACGUUGCUCCUGUCUCUCUCACUCCGGCGCAAGGUCCGUCUCUGUCUCUCUCACUCCGGCGACGUCUACGGCCACCGGCGAAGCUCCUGUCUCUCUCACUUGAAUUUACAAUUUUGUUGCCAAGAAAAGAUUACAAUGAUAUCUUCUACUAUCUCUAUUGUUGCAUUUACAGGCUUCUUGCACGUGAGGGAAUAAAUGCAGAGCAGCUUGCACGGGAUCUGAAGUCUUUUGAAUUGAAGAUUGCUACAGCUUGAAGCGAUUUUGUUAGAAAAAAUAGAAAAGAAAUAAGAAAGAAAGGAAAAUGCAUCCUCCUUUAACACUACACAAGCACCCGAUGUGCGCCGAAAUUAUUGAGGAGUUCCAGAAGUGUCAUAUAGACCAUCCCAUUGGGAAAUUCUUUGGUGAAUGUACAGAUCUCAAAAUAAAGCUUGAUCGUUGUUUUAGGGAGGAGAAAGCUUUGAAGCGGAAAGCAAACUUUGAGCAGAGUAAGAAAUUAAAGGAAAGACUACAAGCUUUUAGGAAGGAAACUGCUGAAGAGAACAACCUUGUUCAAAGUUAAUGGGGAAGUGAGAGAUCAACAUCUUCAUGGUAAACAGAAGUUUGAUGAUUACUCCAAGAGCACUCAUCCAUGAACUAUUGCUGGUGCAAAUAACAUAAAGAAACUGUUGUUGUAGGAAACAUGACUUGAUAUUUUGUUGCACAUGAUGUUUUCAUGGUGCUAAUUUGUUCUGUUGAAUCGUGGGAAUUAAUCACAUUUGUAUUUCCUAUUUAAGCUAUUCACUUUUUAGUUGCUGGAGAGGGAUAUUUGAUAAUUAUGCAUGAAAUGUUUUUUAUCCA